CAGGACUGUGGCACUGCAUUGCGAGCUGCACAGAUCACUUAACACAGCUACAAGAAAAAGAAGAAAACGGUCUCUGUAUAAGGGGCGCAGUAUGGUUUGAGUGUAGAGUGGGACAUCCUUUGGCCCACUGUCUGAUGCUCAGAGGUAGGCUGUGAGUGACUCCCCUGCCUGACGAUCUCGUGCAGCGAUGCCCCCCCCAUCGGACAUCGUGAAGGUAGCUAUCGAGUGGCCAGGAGCCAACGCCCAGCUCACUGAGAUCGACCAGAAAAAGCCCCUCUCCUCGAUCAUCAGGGAGGUCUGCGAUGGUUGGUCCCUGUCUGGUUCCGAGCAGUUUGCCCUGCGCUAUGCUGACGGCCCGCAGUUGUACAUCACAGAGUUGUCUCGCAGUGAGAUCAAGAAUGGAACCAUCCUACGCUUGGCAAUAUCUCCUGGCCGUGCUGCCCGCCAGCUCCUCGAGAGGGUACAGUCCCACGGGAUCGAUGCCCGCUUGGAGGCUUUGAAGGAACUGGCCAAGCUGUCGGCUGACAUCACCUUCGCCACCGAGUUCAUCAACAUGGAGGGCAUCACUGUGCUGGCAAGACUGGUGGAGAGUGGCACCAAUUUCGGGGAGAUGCUGGCCUUCACUCUGACUGCUUUCCUGGAGCUGAUGGACCACGGGAUUGUGUCCUGGGAACUGCUGUCUGUGCCCUUCAUCAAGCAGAUCGCUGGCUAUGUGAACCAGCCCAUGGUGGACGUGUCGAUCCUGCAGCGCUCGCUGGCUAUCCUGGAGAGCAUGGUGCUGAACAGUCAGUGCCUUUACCAGAGAGUGGCGCACGAGAUCACAGUCGGCCAGCUCAUCGGACACCUCCAAGUCUCAAACCAGGAAAUUCAGACCUACGCCAUCGCACUCAUCAACGCACUCUUCCUCAAAGCACCAGAAGACAGGAGACAGGAGGAGCACACUAACCCCCUAGACCUGCCGCUGACUGAAAUGGCCAGCACUCUUGUGCAGAAACACCUGAGGUCCAUCAUAUUGAAUCACAUCAUCCGUGGGAAUCGUCCAAUCAAGGCGGAGAUGGCACACCAGCUGUAUGUGCUGCAGGUGCUGACCUUUAACCUUCUAGAGGAGCGCAUGAUGACCAAGAUGGACCCCAGUGACCAGACUCAGAGAGACAUCAUCUUCGAGCUGCGCAGGGUAGUCUUUGACGCGGAGUCUGACCCCAGCAGCAGCAGCACAGAGAAGCGCAAGACCAUGUACACAAAGGACUACAAGAUGCUGGGCUUCACUAAUCAUGUGAACCCUGCUAUGGAUUUCACCCAGACUCCCCCAGGCAUGCUGGCCCUGGACAACAUGCUGUACCUGGCCAAGGGGCACCAGGACACCUACAUCCGGAUCGUGCUGGAGAACAGCAGCCGCGAAGAUAAACACGAGUGUCCGUUUGGGCGCUGCGCCAUCGAGCUGACGAGAAUGCUGUGCGAGAUCCUGCAGGUCGGAGAGCUGCCUAACGAGGGCUGCAAUGACUAUCACCCCAUGUUCUUCACUCACGAUCGCGCCUGGGAGGAGUUCUUCUGUGUCUGCAUCCAGCUGCUCAACAAAACCUGGAAAGAGAUGAGAGCCACAGCCGAGGACUUCAACAAGGUGAUGCAGGUGGUGCGGGAGCAGAUCACUCGCGCUCUGGGAAUGAAGCCCAACUCUCUGGACCAGUUCAAGGUUAAACUGCGCGGACUGAGCUACUCUGAGAUCCUGAGACUGAGGCAGUCAGAGAGAAUGAGCCAGGAUGACUUCCAGUCUCCUCCCAUCAUUGAGUUGCGGGAACGCAUCCAGCCUGAGAUCCUGGAGCUGAUUAAACAGCAGCGUUUCAACCGGCUGUGCGAGGGGAGCUGCUUCCGCAAAAUCGGGAACCGCCGACGGCAAGAGAAGUUCUGGUUCUGCCGCCUCUCUCUGAACCACAAGGUCCUUCACUAUGGAGAUCUGGAGGAGCCACCACAGGGGGAGGUGCCCUUCGAGUCCCUGACUGAAAAGAUCCCAGUGGCUGAUAUCAAGUCUGUGGUGACUGGGAAGGACUGUCCUCACAUGAAAGAGAAGAGCGCCCUCAAGCAGAACAAGGAGGUGCUGGAGCUCGCCUUUUCAAUCCUUCAUGAUCCUGACGAGGCCCUGAAUUUCGUGGCACCAAACAAAUACGAGUACUGUGUCUGGACAGACGGCCUGAGCGCACUGAUUGGACGGGAGAUGGGCAGUGAGCUGACCCGCAGUGACCUAGACACUCUGCUCAGCAUGGAGAUGAAACUCCGCCUCCUCGACCUGGAGAACAUCCAGAUUCCAGAGGCCCCGCCCCCCAUCCCCAAAGAGCCCAGCAGCUACAACUUUGUCUACCACUAUGGCUGAGAGAGAGACAGCGCCCCCUAGGGCGGAGGGGACAGGCAGGGCUCAAGCUGGAAAGGGCACCCUCUUGUGGUGGGAACACCUUUUAACAGGCUCAUUUUGAAAAAGGGAAACUCGCUAUUAAGAUCUCCUAAUAAAAGGUGUUCUCAAAGUUAGACUACCAGGGUGUGAGGGGAGAUUAUGUGGACCCUUUUUAAAAGUGAAAAAGUUCUUGUAUACAUGUGUACACUUUGAGGGAAUUUCAGCUCACUUGGCAGGGUCCCCUUUUUAAAUUCAAAUAGAAAGUAAAACCUUAAUUUUUUUUCUUCCAAACUACAGUUUUUCGACUGGUCCUGUUGUGUGCAGAUCUCUCUUGCCCUGUUGCCAUGGAGACAGCAAGCUGGCCUCGCCCUGUGUGGGUACUAUACGUUGUGUGUAAUUAAAUUGGGUUGUAAUGUUUUUCAGGUGACAUUCCAUUUUUCAUAACUUAAGUCAAUCUUAGAUUCUAAGGUAAAACUUCAAGACUAGCUGAAAUAUGAAGGCAGUAACCCAGUCAACUUGGCUCUUUAUCUUGGGAUAGCAGGUUGACAUGUUUACAGUAAUAAUGGGAUUUAUCUGAAGAAAUCGAUUUUACAAACACCCUGAUUACUUUAAUAGAGACCUAUAAUUACUAGAAAUAUGAUUCUGCUUUCAAAUUAAAUGACGUAAACCUUCAUUCCUAAUAUAAUCUUUUAUUAAUAUGAACUGCCAUUCAUUACAAGUGCUUUUUAAUGACAUAAUGAACUUCUUGAAAGAUGCUGCUUAUAACCUCCAACUGCUGCAGGUAGUAGCAGCAGUGUGCCUGUCUGGGGUGGACGUUUCUGUGCCUACACACAAAAAAAAAAACUUUGAGGAAUGUAAACAAACUGGACUGUAAAGUGUAAUAAAAUCAGAAGGCUGAACGAUGGAUUAAAAAAAGUAGCCAGCACUGUUGCAUUUUACUGUACGACUGGAAAUGUGCAGUUUGAAGUGUGAGUAGCUUGGUUUAAUGAAGGACCAACACAACUGACAGAGCAAGGAGAUCACGUUGGCAGGACAGGAUCAGUUGGUGCCCCUAUUGCACAAGCGAUGAACUUGCGUUGACAAAUAAAUACUUGGUGGAUUUCUUGGAGCCAAAUUGAAAUGCAGUAUUAAUUUUCUUCAGUGUUUAGUUGCUGUUAUAAGUGAGCUGAUACAAUGGCUCCAGAUUAGGCCUCGGUGUUGCUUUAGUGUAGCUUGACUGCUAUUGUACACAAUAACCUGGAGCUGCUAUGCACUACAAUGAUGCUAUUUCAAAGGGGUAUAAGAGAUCUGGAAAGAAGAAUACAAAACCGUGUUCCUAUUUCUUAUACCAGCCAGACAAUUAAUAAUGCUAAUUUUGUAUGUUUAUUGUUCAAAUCUGAAUUUUCUUACUACGUCUUAACAUUGGCAGCAUUACCCUAUGCUGGUGCUGAAGAUCUCUGGGCACUGCUUUGUUUUACUAUAAUGCUGGUUAAGUACAACACAACAGAUUCAAAAGUUGCUUUGUACCUGGUAACCCAAUGACUUCCUGUUCUGUAGGUCAGGUUUACUGUAACUGUCAGCACAGGAUGUUAUUAAUUCAAAUAUCACAAUGUAUUUUAAAACAUGCAAUAUCAUAUAAGGAGGAUAAAGACUUCUAUCCAAUUGAACUGACCUGCAAGAUCCCACUGUGCUUAACAAUAACCAUAGAAUUCUUCCAAGUCCCAUAAAAACAAUACCUGAUUCAAAUGUCUAUUUUCUCAUUGACAAUAUGUGUCCUUAACCUGUAAACUAUAGGUCCUGACCAUAUACAAUACAAAAAAUGCCUGCCAUCUGUAGCACACACUUUAAAUGGGCAGGGACAAGCAGAUGCCACCCAAGAAGUAUUCUAUAAUGCAAAGCUGGCGUCAUGCGGUGGCUUAUCUAGUUGAUGUAGAGUGCGGGCACAUAACAAGCCAGCGAGGUUCUGUGCAAUAGCCUGGGGGUUCUCAUUUUAAACUCCUUGUUGACUUUUAAAAAGAAAGAAAAGGAAACAAUUAGCUCAAUAUUACAGACAGGUUUUGAAUGACUGUCUUGGUCAUGUGUGACACACCAUACUGACCACCUUGGAUAGAAACUAGAAGUCAAAACCCAUUCCCUCCUCCGUGUCUUUAACAUUGUUUCUGAAGUCCUCAUGGCUGCAUUCCUAAACUCACCGUUGAGAGCUAGUAUGGCUGCAUUCCUAAACUCACCGUUGAGAGCUUUAGGAAUGCAACAAAGCGUUCUUAAAUAACACAAAUUGUUGUGACAAUAGUGACGUUUUUGUUGAGUCAACGCUCAAGAGUACCAUUGAAUUUAGGUACGCACACCAUGCCAUGAAGUAUUCAUUGUGUUGUUGCUAAUGAGAAUAUAUUUUUGUAAAGGACUAUACAGUUUGAAUUUGGGGGCACAGGAGGUCUAUCUGUGGUGCCAAGUCUUUAAUGAACAAUAAUAAACAUACAGGACAGGCUGGAUAGCAAUCAAAUGGUUACUUAACAGCAUCCUGCAGUUUUCACUUGUUUUUUUUUCCCUAUUAAUACAAUCAGUAGGUUACACUAGUCUGCUGUAAUUUGAGUUUAACCCCAUAUGGGUUCCAUACAUUACACCAUUAAACUAACCUGCUAUUAACAGUUUUUCCAUAAUAUAACUGUCUCUAAGGGACAAGGGUUUAUAAGAUGGAAAUUUUGAUGACUAAAAAUGACCUGCCAAGGGGUAUAGUUACAGAAAUGAACGUGUCCAGUUCCAUUUUAUUAUUAUUUGACCAUGAUUUGCAGAACAGGAUACUAACGGGUUGUUUGUCUUUGAGAUGGCAGUGGUACGGAGUGUGGAUAUUGUUUUAUUGGUAACUUUGAGUUCUUAUUUUAAUUGUGUUACUGAGUAGACUCGAACAUGUAACCCUAGUGAUGAUAGUGAGUGAACUGUUGUAAUACAAAUAUAUAAAUAUAUAGAAAUGAUUCAUAUCUGUAUAGUUUACGUUGCUUUACUGAGACUAUUAAGAAUUGUCUGAAUAAAUUCAGGGUUGAUGAA